GGUCAAACUUUUAAACCAGACUGACCUGGGCUAUCUGGUAUAUCUCUUCGCCACAACAGUGAAGAAGGAAAAGAAUACACAGCCUUGCCAAAACACUACAGCCUCGGACUUCCUUUCCUGUGUACGCGUGUGCUAGUGAGGACUUCGGCGUCCGUAAACUAAAACAAAAUGGUCCGAAUUAACGUUUUGGCGGACGCCCUCAAAACUAUCAACAAUGCUGAAAAGCGCGGUAAACGCCAGGUCCUUAUCAGGCCUAACUCAAAGGUUAUCGUCAAAUUCUUGGGAGUUAUGAUGAAGAAAGGAUAUAUUGGAGAAUUUGAAAUUGUUGAUGACCACCGCGCUGGCAAGAUAGUUGUCAACCUCACGGGCAGGCUCAACAAAUGCGGUGUGAUCUCACCCAGGUUCGAUGUGCCCAUUAGGGAUAUUGAAAAAUGGACGAACAACUUAUUGCCGAGUCGUCAGUUUGGGUAUGUGGUUCUUACUACCUCUGGUGGUAUCAUGGAUCAUGAGGAGGCCAGAAGGAAACAUCUGGGAGGUAAAAUCCUGGGUUUCUUUUUCUAAGUAAUAAACAUUUCACUUAAAAA